AUGGCUUGCGCCCUGUGCCGCGGCAGGUUACUCCGCUAUGUCGUCGACAGUGAGUGGUGCUCCAUGGGCCUUCAUGGCCGAACCGUGAUGAUGGUGGAGCGGCGCCCCGACGUCCUGGUGAAGAUGGUGACGUACGUGCCGACGGUGAUGGGGAGAGCUCCGGGGGAGGAGAACCUCGUCAUGAAUCGCGACAGCAGACUUCGGAACCCUGGCGCGGAACUUGGCAUUCUGUGUGGCGACAGCGUGCUGACGGGGCCUGGCUGCGGUGCUGGAGCCAAGAAGGAACCUGGGACUCUACCUCAGCGGGAUCAGAGGAUGGAUAUGGUGACUACGGCGAUGGCGGCCCUCUUCGUGGACCUCGCGCAGGGAGGGAGUCCGGAUGGAACCACGGCGGCAACGGCGGCUGGGCCGAUCAUCUUGGAGGAGACGGUCGUCGACACCCCGGAGGAAUCGAUCAACGACACCAUGCAGGUGGCGAUUCUCGGCUUCCUCGAUUACAAGGAACUGGUUGGGGGCCUUCACAGGGAGAAUGCAGGACUUGGUCUGAUGGCGGCAUGCGUGGUGGUGCAGGCUGUUUCUCCGAGCAACAUGGGGGCGACCUACCUGGGUGUGAACGACGUGGUCCAGGAGCACGACGACCUGGACUUUACGAUUCUGAAGGUGGUGAUGGCGAGCUUCCAUACGAAGGCGACCGAGAUCGUGGACGCGACCUUGCCGGGAGAAGUGCACCACCGCCAACACGGGAUGCUGAACAUGGAGUACUACCUGGCCCUCAUGGCAAGAAACGUGGUGGGGCGGAUGGUGGUCCCGACCUUCAGCGGGACGAUUGCUGACGGCGAUGACGACUUGGGCGCCUCAGCGAGAUCGUACCUCCGCCAGAUCUCAGCCUGGGUGAAGAUGACAAGAGUGACGAAGGAUCGCCAAGCCCUCGUGUUAUACCAACAUCUUCAAGGACGAGCUUGGGUGGAGGCCGAAGGGUUGGACAUCGACAAAUUGGCGACGACGGCUGGACUCGAGUACUACCUUGACUGGGUCAAGGAGCGCUACCUCGACGUGCAGGUGACGCAAGUUGGACGGAGCCUUUCUGAGUUCUUCAGGAAGCUGAAGAAGAAGCCUGGGCAGAGCAUCCGGGACUUCGUCGGAGAGUACGAUCGUGCCCACGCUCGUCUGGUGGAGUGCGGGUGUCGACUCCCGGACCUGGCGGCGGCCUGGGUCUUCGUGGACCGCAUGGGCUUGGAGGAAGCGGCGGAACUCAACUUGCUGGCCUCGGUGGGGAACGUCUACGACCUCAAGCGUCUCCAGCAGGCAGCCAUCGUGCAGGACCGAGCCCUCCGUAAGCCAUGGGAGGCACAACGACAUGGCCGUGUUGAGGACAAAGGACACCGCCGCGAAUGGUGGGGAGGAAAACGGCAGAGUGCAUUGAUGGCUGGCAUCGAGGAGGAGGACGACGACAUCGACGAGGACCACCACGCCGAGGAGGCCGAGGACUCCCCCGAGGCGGUUCCCGAGAGCGUGGCGGAAGAACUGUACCAUGCGUACAUGUCCCAUGAAACGGCAAAACAGCGGUACAGGGACAAUCUCAAGCUUCGGGGAACCACCGGGGACACGUCGGAGAAGCUCAAGGUGAUUGCGGCCGACCGCUUGAAGGCAGCCAAACAGAAGUCCUUUUGCGCAGGGUGUCGUAGACGGGGUCACUGGCAUAAAGACCCGGAGUGUCCUAUGAACCAGGGUCGACGACAGCAACAUGGAGGUGGAGAUGGAAAAGAUGGCGGUGACCUCAAGACGAGUUUCCACACCCACGUCGUGCACGUCACCUGGGACUUGGAUCGCGAGAAGGACGACGGCAUGGUAGAACUCGAGGCCAUCACGGACACGGCGUGCUCCCGCUCGGUUGCUGGGGCUGGAUGGUUGGACCUCUUCAUCGAGCACACAGCCCGACGUGGAACGGAACCGGUGAUCUUGCCAAACGAUGAGCAGUUUCGGUUCGGAGCCUCCAGAGUUUUCCGUUCCAGUUACGCGGCCAUCCUCACCUUCGCUCUGGGAGAAGCUGUUGUGGAGGUCAAGGUGGCAAUCGUCCAUGGGGAGCUGCCGCUACUACUGAGCCGGGCGGCACUGGCGAAGCUCGGCAUGGUUAUGGACGUGGCGAAGAACCGAGCCAACUUCGACACCGUAGGGCUCCGAGAUGUUCAGCUUCGAUCGACAAAGACCGGGCACCCGGCUAUCCUUUUGGUUCCUGCACAGGUUCCCAACCCUACCGGCACAGAUCCGGCGGUGUGGGGAGACACCGAAGUGAAGAUCCAUUUGAAUGCGGCAGCAUAUAUGGCUCCUCGCGGGGGAGAUGUCCAAGGGGAGUUGGGGAAGGAUAGCGCCGGUUCCUUUGAGGACCUCAAGUACCAGAACCACAACAUGCAUUACCUCAAAGACGAGAUCUGCGUGCUCCAUCUGAACUUCAAGGGUGUCCCCAAAGAGCCUCAGAAGACCAUGUUCACGCCAGAGGGAUGGGAAACCAAGAAUGUAGACCACAAGGCCAAGCUCCUCCAGAGUCUCGGGAAUGUCCGACACUGUUCAUUCGGCGCAGCUUUUCUGGAACAGUGUGCCCAAUGGGCGCCGCUGUACCACGAGUACUCCCAGCUUCCCAUCGAUCGCACAGGCAUGGACUCCGUGCCCACUCCACCAGCGAAGAGCAUCCACCACAUGCGGAAGAGCGAGUUGAUCGAAGAGGCCCAUCGCCUGGGGAUCACAGUUCAGACUCAAUGGACCGUGAUCGAACUACGUGCCAUUCUGCAGGAGGAACGGGACAAAGCCAAGGCCUCCACCACGGGAACGACCCCGAAGGGACUGGCAUCCAUGACCCUCGACGAGCUGAUCGACACCGCCACCCGCAUUGGCAUCGAGCUCCCGGCGAAGAAGAACCGCGGCAUCAUCAUGAGGAUGAUCAGAGACUCCACGCAGGACCACAGCCAACGGGUCAUGAACUUCGGCAGGUACAAGGGGCUGAUGUUCAAGGAUGUUCCCCAGGGAUACCGGCGCUGGGCUCAGGAAGAGAUGGAGAGGUCAGACAACGCCUCAGAGGACCUACGGAUGUUUGCGAUGUGGGCGGCAAGGGCCGAGGAGACCAUGCUGAUGAGCACGUACCACCAGGACCCCGAGAUGGCGUCGGACAACCCGUACGUGCCGGAGGAAAUGGAGUCGUGGGACCUCCUGAGCGAGCCAGCCCGGAGAUGCCUCCAAAGCCAAGGGAUCAGGGAGGACUACACGAGGAGGCACCAGCCCCUACGGCAACCGGGCACCACUCUCGGAGGCUGCUCCGAAAGCCAAACAUUCGGCGACAAGGACAAGGGCACGAUCAGAUCAGUCGUCGAUCAGUUCCAUGGAGCUGGCAGUGGAGGCGGAGACAAUGGACGAGAUCCACCAUUUGGAAACGAGGCUUGCUGUGCUGAGAGACAGGGCGGGUGUUCCUCCGCCAAGGCCCUGAACAGCAUGAGAGGGGGCCCCGGCGACACGGAGGGGGCCGCCGAUAAGGGCCACCAUUCCCUUCUGCCUGAAAUCGACAUGAUGCCUGGGACUGAGUGCGAGGACCGGAAGAUUGCGAUCCACGAGGAGAACGGCAAGGGGGCAGACGAUGAGAUGGGAGCGGACACGGAGUUUGAAUUCGAGACGGCCUACGACGACACAGAGUUCGACGAUGCUGUGAAGUACGUGAUCGGCGAGGCUGUACAAGUACCUCGCGAAUGCGAGGGGAUGGAUGGAAGCUUGAAUGGACGAGACAACCGUCCUCUGAUGGUCGAAGUCUAUGCAGGUGUUGGGCGUCUGGGCAGAACCUUCGAGAGACAUGGUUUCCGGGUGAUCCGAGUAGAACGUCCGACCUGGGACCUCGACCAGCUCGACCAGAGGAAGGCACUUCUGGCACUACUACAUGAACAACGACCUGAGGUACUAUGGUGUGCUCCGGAUUGUUGGCUGUGGAGUGCCAUGCAGAACCUCCACGGCAAGGAUGCAGAGAAGAAGGAAGAGCUCCUUCGGAGAAGAGAGGAACACCACAAGACACACCUCAGCUUCGUCCGGCAGAUGUAUACAGAACAAGAACAGCGCGGUGGCGUUGGCAUCAUAGAGCACCCUUAUGGUUCCCUGGCCUGGUCGACGCCAUCAUUCCGGGAUCUUCCAGGAACGAGUUGCAAGAUCGACCAUUGCGCGUAUGGAUCGGUUCUGCCGGACAAGGAGGGUGCCAUGCGACCUUUCAAGAAGUCCACGCGGUUGCAGGUGACGGACAAGGAGAUUGCCGAGUACAUCCAGAAGACAUGCCCGGGAGGACAUGACCACCUACAUCUCUUUGGAGGAGGGAAGGGCUGUCCCUCCCUGACGAAGGCAGCCGGGGCCUACCAGCAGGGGUUUUGCGACGUGAUCGUUGGCGGUAUUAUCCUGUACCUCCAACAACAAGAAGCCUCAAGUGAGCAACCGAGACAAGAUGCAAGAAGAGAAAACCCUGGACGGGGGACCAAGGCCGAGAUCCUGCAGGAGUGUGAAGAGUUUGCGAGAAAGGCGGUCAUUGAGAAGGACUUCACCUACGCGACCCUACAGGACUUGGUUGAGCUCCUCCCAGAGGACAAGAGCAAAAGGGAGCGGAAAGCGGUCGAGAAAGAUAGGGAGAAGGACGAGAUGAGCAAGGAUGGGCUGGCCGAGAAGUGCCUGCUCGGUGGCUACUGGACGCGCGGUGCUAUGGGAGGCAUCACUAACGCAUCCUCCGACCUUCCUUGGACAUGCCGGUACAUCAACAUGUGGGGAAGAUUCCGUAUGUCAGGGAGCUGGACGUCCUUCUACCUUGCCCUUAAUAAGAGCCACGCCGUUCACACGGAUCAUCACAAUCUGCGCGGCACCAUGAACGCCACCACCACCUUCGGGAACUUCGCAGGUGGCUCUCUUUGGGUGGGAGAUGCUGAACAGCACCCGGACCGACAGUGGAGGAGUGAUGACGACGGGGUGUGGAGGACUGACUCCAGCGGCAAAGUACUUCGUGGUCAAUGCAUCGACACCAAGGAGAUCCUUUAUGCACUGGACCCAAAGAGACCGCACGCGACCCAACCGUGGACCGGAGACAGAUGGGUUUUGACCUUCUACACCACCCGGAACAUCCUCAAGGCGGACUGGACCCUGAAGGAACGUCUACGGAGCCUUAGGUUCCCUCUGAAGGGAAUUAGUGCAGAGGCCGAUCAUAGGCCAAAGAAGAGCAUUAGAGGGCAACUCGGGCGAAUGGCAAAGCGUCUUGGAGCACUGGCUACAUGGACAGUGUUGGCAGCAUCCACCUACUUGGAGCCGUGGCAAGGCCCUGCCGAGAACACCGUGACGUUGCUGGAGAUUGGAGGAAUGGACAAGACCUUUAAAGCCAUUGACCGCGGCGGCAUCACCGCAGAGCCGAUCAUGUAUGAGGACCUUCGGACCAACCGUGACCUGGGAAGGGAGUCGAUCGAAGAGCUACAUCCUCACACAUUGUGGAUUCACGGUGAACGAGCGCUGGACACCCUUGUUGAAGUUGAAGAGAUGGUUUCACUACAAGUGUCCCGACAGAAGAGGUUGAUCAUCGAGGCCGAGAUUUCACAUGAGAUCUGGACCAAAAGCGACAUGGUGCGGGAGCUCUUGACCGGAGAUGAGGACAUCGUCUACGUGAAGAACGAAGGAGGAAACCGCAUCUUGGAGGUGAACGGAUCCACCCGCGAGUGGGACGAAGCCGUCACUAAGGGGGACGAGGAAACCUUCCGGGUCUACAUGGUUCAUGGAGAAAACCGGAGGGAGACGAGUGGUCCGGUAGUCCGGCAGGGGAGCCAAGCGAUCUCCUUCCCGGGGGAAAAUCCGGUCCGACCAGAGAUUGCCUCAGCCCUCAAACGUCUCCACCAGAAUUUGGGUCACCCCGCUGAGAGUGACCUGACCCGACACCUCCGUUUAGCAGGAGCCGGCACAGAAGUCAUCAACGCCUCCAAACGACUGCGGUGUGAAACUUGCAAUCGGUGCAAUCAAGGAGGGAUACCUCGGCCGGCAUCGCUACCCACGGCACUUUCUUUCAAUAUGGUGGUCGGGGUGGACGCCUUCACGGUCGUGGACUCCACUGGAAAGAAGCGGGAGAUGAUGUCCGUCUACGACCACGGCACCUCCUACCACCUGGUGGGAGAGCUCAAGGGGCACAGUACGCAGGCGAUGGAGGAGACCUUUUGCGAAAUCUGGGCCAAGACUUUUGGUGCACCGACUGUGCUGGCCUUGGACCUGGAGACCGGGCUUCAAGCCGGCCUGGCGAGGUUCGCUAUGUGGAAUGGCACAAAGCUGAGGAGCGCUGCGGGACAGGCCCACUGGCAACUUGGUGCUACGGAAAGACACAAUGGUCUAUGGAAGGCGAUCUGGAAUAGGGUCUGCGAUGACAUGAACAUCACUGAGGUGGACACCGCGCUCGGGAUUGCGGCCGUGAACGCUGCAAAGAACGAAUUGAGAAGACAAGAUGGUUUCUCACCGACGCAAGCAGUGUACGGAAAGGAUCCCUACGUGCCUGGCGACCUCAUCGAUGGCAAGGACCCCGAACAGCAGAACCACAUCCUCACUACGGACCAACAAAGAGCACGGGAACAUAGCAUCCGCAUUGCUGCCAGAACGGCGUAUUUCCGAUGCCAAGGUGACCAACGUCUACGAAGGGCUCUUCUGCAAAGGACACGUGUCGCCAGGGGUGAAGUGCAAGUAGGUGACCUUAUCUACUUCCAUCGCAAGCCGAAGAACAGCAAAGAAUGGAUGUGGAGAGGACCGGCCACGGUGAUCGGAAAUGAGAACGGGAACGUCUGGGCAUCCUUCGCAGGCCGAUGCCAUCUCAUCGCCCCGGAGCACAUCAGGAGGGCGACGAAUGAAGAGAUUGGAACGGCUUUAUCGAUGCGACUCACCAAGAACGACCUGGAAAAGCUUCUUGAGUACGACCCGGGUGACCCCGAGAUGUACGUGAACGAGGAGCAACACCAAGAUGAGGAGAGGAUUGGCGGUGAAAUGGAAGGCGAAGGUGAACCCAUGAUCCUAGAGGACUCUUUUGAAGAUAGUCGUGAUCACCCACCACCAGAGUCAUCACCAUCAGGCCAGGGAUUCCUUCGCCCAGCACCGGAUGAUCGACACGAUGGCAACGUGCGGAAAAAGAUGAAGGGGAAGACGCCGAUAGUCCAAUCGGCUCAUAUGGUCCGAAGGGCAAAGACACCGAGAGGAGUCGAAAAACAGUUAGAAAAAGAGCUUCCCUGGAGCAUGAUCCCGCCGUCACAACAUCAGGCUUUUCGAGAUGCAGAACUAAAACAGUGGAUGGAGCAUGUGGACCACAAUGCCGUGCAGCCCGUGGACGUCGAGACCAGCAGGAAGAUCUUGGCUGAAAAGGGAGACAGAGUAUUGCCCAGCAGGUUUGCCUACCGGGACAAGAACUGGUCCAAACGGCGCAAACUGCCUGACAUCGAAUGGCGCCACAAGGCACGCCUCGUCAUUGGAGGCCACCUUGACCCAGACCUCCAGAAGGGACUGGAUACCUCGGCGCCGACGGUUUCGAGACAGGGUGUGCUACUCCUCUUGCAAAUCCUCGCAUCUCGUCUCGGCGAUGGGUGGGGAGCAUGUGCUGGCGACAUCACAGCUGCCUUUCUCAACGGAGAAGAACUCCGUCGUGAGUUAUACAUCCGUCAACCACGAGGAGGCAUCGGGAACCUCCAUCCCGAACAGCUCAUCAAACUCACCAAAGGAGUCUUUGGGCUCGUAGACUCCCCCCACUCCUGGUGGAAAAAGUUGAGCAAGGAGAUGGCCGAGAUGGAUGUGGACCUCCCGGACGGGGACAAAGCGCGCCUGGUGCAAUGCGAACUCGACCCGUGUAUAUUCCAGCUCUGCAGGAUCACUGAGGGAGUACCGGUCGGUGAACCUCUCGCAUACCUGGCGGUCCACGUUGACGAUUUGCUGGGAAUAGGCCACAAGAAGACGCUAGGUCGUCUGAAGACGGCCCUCUCCCGAACCUUCCCGGUGGACGACUGGGAGGACGACCUCUUCGAGUACAUCGGGUCCUUUGUGGAAGUCGAUCGCGAGGAAGGAGAGGUCAGGGUCACCCAGACGAACUACACCGAGACGCGCCUCUUCGAAGUGGACAUCCUCCCAGGACAACUUGACGGGGACGCCGCUACGCAGGAGCAGAGGGCGGACAACAGGCAGCACAAGGAGCAGGGAGUACGACUACGACCUGUACGACUCGAUGAUGCGGUGCUUCUCUGCUAUCACGACGCUGGUUGGGCAAAUGCUCCGCAAGAUCCCGAAGAUCCUUUCUAUGUGCUGACCCCCGAAGAGGAGGAGGCAGGAAGAAUUCGAGACGGUCCUUUUGCCGAGAAGGAAAGAAAGGCGAAACGCGGGACCUCAAAGAUCGCAUCGCAGCUGGGAGGGAUGUUCUUUCUGGCGAACCGGGAGAUCCUGUACGGCAAGACGGAGAAGCUCAGCCUCUUGGACUGGAGGAGCUCCGCCUGCGAUCGGGUUUGCAGGUCGACUUUCGCGGCAGAGACGAUGGGCUGUGCCGGGGCCGUCGAAAAUGGGGAAUACAUCCAGCUCCUUCUGGAGACCCUCCUAAAAGGACGGCUCGUACGCAGAGGAGAACCAGCCCGACUACAUCUCCGCUACAUCAGCGACUGCCGUUCCUUGUACGACCACCUCCACAAGGAGGGAGUUCCGAGGGUGCCCUCGGACAGACGACUCGCCAUCGAUGUGGCCGCCAUCCGACAAGAUCUGAGAAGACAAGGGAGAUUGGCUUGGGUGCCUACUGAUCGGCAAUUUGCUGAUAUCGCCACCAAGCCUCUGAAGCCGGAUGUUUGGUGGAAAGAUGUAACAGGAGCGGUGAAACUACCGUUCAUAGAAGCUCGUUUUUGA